AUGCACCCUGUCAAUGCUUUAAAUGACAUGGGGGCACUACAGAGAAUGAUCAGGGAGAUGAUAGAGCCUAAGGCCAGAAGAGGAGAAAGGCCCACCUACAGAAAGCCAUAUCCGGCCUACACUGAUCAGAUACCUCUAUCACCAAGUUUCAAGGUCCCAAACUUCACUUUGUUCAAUGGAGAGGACCCCCAUGAUUCAUCAGUUGAGCAUAUAGGCAGGUUCUCUGUCCAGUGCAUAGCCAUAGAGAAUAACCCUUUGUUAAAGCUAAGGCUUUUUGGAAAUUCUCUCUCUAGACAAGCUUUCACCUGCUACAACAGUCUACCAGCCAAUUUUGUUCAAACUUGGGAGCAUAUGGAAAAUGUUUUCCAUGACUACUAUUUUAGGAUCCAGCCGGAAAUCACCAUCAGUGAUCUUGCUGCCCUCAAACAGGGUGAAGAUGAACCUGCUCAAGACUUCAUAACUAGGUUCAGAAAGCUCAAAAUGAAAUGCCGGAUCCCUAUGGAAGAAAGACACUUCAUUCAGAUGGCUCAAGCCGCCCUUAAAAUCUCUCUGAGAAAAAGAUUUGAUGGAAUGUUAUUUGGGGACCUGGCAGAACUGUCAGAUAAAGCAUCUAAAUAUGAGGAGCGACUUAGGGAAGAACAACAUAAGAGGAACUCUUCCAAAGGCACAUACUACAAGACUUGUUCUUCUUCAGUCCACCUAGUUAAGGUAGAAUUAGAAGAAGACACAAAAGGCUCGGAGGAAAGAGAAAUUGCAGUAGCAAAGAUGACAAAAUUGAAACAUCCCAUCAGCUGCAAGGCCCUUACAAAGCCACCAAAGGACUAG